GGACGUAUGACGGGGGAAGUUGCGGCUCGCGCCAGUGAAGAGGAAAUAAUCACAAUGCUGCCUUCUCAUGAAUCAUUAAGUAGCCCCAUGACUCUUAGCUCGACUCAAAACACUGCAUUUUUAUCUAUGGGUCUGAAAGGGUGUUUUUUGACAGCAGUAUUACUGCUGAUAAGCAAGACUCUGCCAGCUGAUCAAGUACUGAGACAAGCAUCCCGAGCAGCAGCUACACAGCAGCACUAGUCACUAUGAGCAGUGGCAGUCAGUAGCAGCAGCACUAACAGCAGAAGCAGCAGCAACAGCAACUCUCUCGUGCCUUUUUUUCUUCUUUGUGUAGUUAUAAUCUGUUCUGAGAUCAACGGCCAGGGAAGACGGGACAAGUGGAUCAGGGCUGAUAGCUGUCAUCAAAACAACCCCAAACGCAGACCUGGCUGCCCACAUGCCGAUCGAAUUUGUUUGCAAAAUCAAAUUUGCAGAGGAGGAUGAGAAGCAGAAAGGCAAACAGGAUGGGGACAAGGAGAGCCUGAUUGAGGAGAGCUGCACACCUCCAGCUAAGGACCUGGUUGGCUUCGCCAACUCCAGCUCUCUCCACGGGAUUAACCACAUCUUUGUCUCGGGGCGCCUGGGCAUUCGGCAGACCCUCUGGGCACUUGCCCUUUUGGCUUCUCUGGCACUCUUUUUGUACCAGGCAGCAAAGUGUGCCAUCUCUUACCUGGAGCACCCUCACGUCACGGCUUUGAAUGAGGAAGCAAGCCCUGAGAUGGUCUUUCCUGCUGUGACCAUCUGCAACAUCAACCGCUUCCGCUUCUCCGCUCUCACCGACGCCGACAUCUACCACCUGGCUAACCUCACAGGUCUACCUCCAAAAAACCGGGAUGGCCACAAGCCCACUGAUUUGGACUAUCCUGCGCCCGACAUGCAGGACAUCUUCAACCGGACGGGACAUCAGCUGGACGAGAUGCUGAAGAGCUGCAACUUCAGUGGACAGAACUGCUCUGCUGAGGACUUCUCUGUGGUCUAUACAAGAUAUGGAAAAUGCUACACUUUCAAUGGGAACAAGUCGACGUCCAGGAAAACCAAGCAAGGUGGAAUGGGAAAUGGGCUGGAGAUUAUGUUGGAUAUUCAACAGGACGAGUAUCUCCCCAUCUGGAAAGAGACAAAUGAGACGUCGUUAGAGGCAGGGAUCCGCGUGCAGAUCCACAGCCAGGAUGAGCCUCCCUACAUCCACCAGCUGGGCUUCGGAGUCUCCCCGGGAUUCCAGACCUUUGUUUCAUGUCAGGAACAAAGGCUGACCUACCUGCCCCAGCCCUGGGGGAACUGCCGCUCCACCAGCGACCAGAUGAUCCCGGGAUACGACACCUACAGCGUCAGUGCCUGCCGCCUGCGCUGCGAGACCAGGGAGGUGCUCCGGGAGUGCAACUGCAGGAUGGUACACAUGCCUGGAACUGCUGAUAUCUGCACUCCCAGUAACAUCAAGUGUGUUGACAAGGCGCUUGCCCUUCUCCAGAAGAGCACUGGGGACACCUGUCCCUGUGAGACACCAUGUAACCUGACUCGCUACGGCAAGGAGCUCUCCAUGGUCAAGAUCCCCAGCAAGGGCUCCGCUCGCUACCUGUCCAGGAAAUACGACAAGUCUGAGGAGUAUAUCAGAGACAACUUUCUGGUGUUGGAUAUCUUCUUUGAGGCUCUUAACUAUGAAACAAUUGAACAAAAGAAAGCGUAUGAUGUUGCAGGUUUACUAGGUGACAUUGGAGGCCAGAUGGGCUUGUUCAUUGGAGCCAGUAUUUUGUCCAUCUUAGAAAUAUUGGAUUAUGUUUACGAGGUGAUAAAGCACAGGCUGCAGCGUCUGCUGAGGCCACAGAAGGAUGAGAAGAAACAACAAACGACCACUGUUGCCACUGUGGACCUGCAAGAUAUGAAAGCCAAUAAGGAUUACAUCCCCCCAGAGGCAACUUCAAUUCCCAGGUCCCUCUCUCAUGAGGAACAAAUUUACUCCUUGAGUCCAUAUAAAAUCAUCCAAAAUCAUCAAUUUUCCAUAGACGUAAAAAAAUUAUCUACAUGAAAUAUCUACCAUUACAUCAAAGGAGUCCAGUGACAUGACCAGAAGUCACCCUGAAGGAGCCUACGCCAAUACGAUUCUACCGAAUCACCAUCUCCCCCACCACCAAGGACAGCCACAUGGAGUGUUUGAGGACUUUGCCUGCUAGACCCAGUGACCAUCUUUCCAUCCUGAUGACAAUAAAAUAUGUCCUCUCUGGGCUGGAUUGGGCAUCAAAACAGACCCUGGGACCUCAGUUCUAUACCUUUCUUGCUGUCACCAGUGGAAAAAGCUACAGCCAAAGUCGAACACCAAACCUGUGCUGCUAAUAGACCACUUGUAUGUAAGCACAGAUUGGAUCCCACAGUACUGUCCGGCUGGAGACGCCCACCUUCGAUCCCUAUUCUGGUUAUUUUGGUACAUGGUCACCACAUGGGAACAAGACAAGGUCUGCAUGUCAUCUUGAGCCAUCUUGAUAUACUCACCUCCAAUAUCUUGAUUUAUGUACCACUCUUAACCAUGUUUCCACCAAACUAUUUGUCAAUAAGUUCUCACUUACUAUUUUGAAUCAUAUCAUUGUAAAUGAUGUAAUUAUUUACUGAGAUAUUAUAAUUUCCCCUUUACAUUGUAUACAAGAUGAGACUAGAUAAGACAAGUGGUCAUAUUCAAUCUAACCAUUAUAUAGAGAUUUCAGCAAACAAAAUCAGAGGAAAUAUUACACUGAUCUUUUAGCGCGUUAAACCCCUACUACACUUGCUUUGAUGAUAGGGCCAGUAAUAUAUACACACACCGUGUCUGGUUUAUAGUAAAGGUGUGUUAGAGAGUAGUAUUAUAUAUGUACUGUACAUGGUUCCAACCUGAGUACAAAGAGAAAGCACUGUUUUAAAUGGAUAAUGAUUCAUUUAACAUAUAACUCUAAUACAAAUGUUGGUAAUUUAUUGAUAUGUUUUAGAGAAUAUUAUUUUUAAAUAAUAUCAAUGUAGCUUCUUCUUGUUUAUUAGUGAAACCAGUCGGAAAGGUGAUGAUUGGAAUUGCAUUGCUCCAAGCAAUGAAUAUAUUUUUCAGAUUUACUGACUUGGGUAAAGGUGAAGUUCUACAGCAAUGACGGUGUCCAAAUUAGGACAGCACUCAAAGGUAAUGAAUAACAACAAGCUUGACAUGGAUGAAUCAUUUCACAUUUGGGCCCUUCUGCAAAUGCUGUGGUCAUUUUAAUGACAAAGUCCCCAUUAAGGUUGCUUAAGGUUAUAUACUUUCUAACAGAUGUGUGACACAAGUUAAUGCCCCCCACAGCUUAAAGCCAAAGCAACAAAUGAGAGGGUGAAUUUUUUGGAACCAAACCAACAACCAUUCCCUUUCACUAUAUGCCAGUCCUGUGGGAAACAGUUUGUAGUUCUUCACAAAUCAGGCACACAUUUGCGUGUGGGCACUAUAACACACAUCAUUCAACAGACUGUAGUACCUGAUCUCCUCGAUUUAAAGAAAGGGCCAGAAGAUUAUUUUCUCAAAAUCCCUGUUGGAAGUAAACUGACUUCCAAAAUAAUUGUUUUACGUCUCCUGCACACUCUCUUGGCUUAAAUAGUGAAUUUGAUAUAGAAAAGGCUGAUCUAGGACUAAACUGCUGUCAACUCUCCUAAGUGAAACGGUCUCCGUGAAAGACCUAUCAAAGACCUUUGAGUACUAUCUGACAAUCCACUGUGGGUUUAAGACCUCCACCAUUUUGUUGGAUUUUUCUGGGUUAUUUUUACCUCGCAUUACAGCGUAUAUGAUCACAUAAAUAUAUAUCAAGAUGUUAUCAACUAUUUCUUAAUCAUUUGGUUUGUGAUCUUAAUAUUGGUAACCAUACUGUAGUCGAGUGCUCCGAGCUGUGCUUUGUUAGACAAGUCCACAAUGAAAUUACACAUUCAUCAGCGUAGAGAAUCCACUGUUGUCCAUGUCAAGUAAUCAUGGGUUUUAAACAUGGCUUUUAAAUAUUCAUAAUCAUGUGUCACUAUGACAUUUUCAAAGGUUCCCAAUCAUAGUCUCUGAUGGCAUCCUGUACUGGCUCUGCAUACAAAGUUUCUCUUCUGUCAUCACUAACACUAUCCUCUCCACUAAUGACAGGCCACACACACAGAUGAGAUGCUGUACGAGGGUGAAUGUGGGGUCAAAACGCAAUCUUGACGUCACUUGUUACAGUUAUCUAUAGGUGGUCAAGUAUUUAUAGAUCCAGAAAAGCCUCACCAGUCUGUCUCUACAGCGAAAUGUAUUUGCUAUGUGUAUAGCAGACAUGUACGGCCCGUCUGAGAAUGUGUCCAUGGAAUUUAGAAAUAAUUUUGUAUGUAAUAUUACAACUAGUAUGUGCAAAUUACAACAACACCUGUGCAUAUUACUGUGGAACUAAAUGGUUGCUGUAGAGCUGACCUUGCCUGAUUCCCCCCUUGACAACAAUCUGAACAUUUUACAAUUUCUAAAUUUGCCAAUCUGCUCGUUCUUUCACUUCAUUUCUCUACUCUGCUUGUUCAGUUUCACAAAUUUCAGUUUCGCAAUACUGUUUGCAUAUUGUAUAUUCACACAAUCAAAAUCAAGUUCUCAGUAAUAAGUUUGUGUUUUGCGACUUUGUCUCAUCAUGAUCUGAAUGUUCCACAUAUGACAGAAAUCGGUCAUAGAGUGAGAUGGCAAUGAAGCAUGCACCGUUAGACUGUUGAGGGUUCAAGAAAGGAUCAGAGCAAUUCUAUUAAACAGUAUGGCAUCAAUGGAAAUUCACUAAGAUUCACAGGAAAACGCUGAAUACAUUUUGUACAGAAGUCUGCUAUUGUGACUGUUUCUUCUGUUAGAACACAUUUUAUAAAUGUUAUGGUAAGUACAAAUAUUAAAGUUUAGAUUGGUAAA